AAAAAAGGAAGAAAAUCCUAUAUUUUUGACAAUUGUCUGAAAAUACGAUUAGGUUCAGAGUAUUUCAACGUUGUCUCUGUCAUUUGUCUAUCGCAAUUUCGCAUAAAAGCAAGCCUUGUAGGUGUAGAAGCCAUCACACCAGAUUGUAGUGGAUGAUCGGAAACUAAGACUUCAGUCAUCUGAGACUUUACAGUGUUUGAGGAACGAAGAUUGUGAGACACAAUGGCUAAGGAUGAAGCCAAGGGAUUGCUGAAAAGUGAAGAGCUCUAUAAAUAUAUACUGGAGACUAGUGUGUACCCACGCGAGCCAGAGGUUCUCAGGGAGCUUAGGAACAUUACUCAUAACCACCCUCAAGCUGGUAUGGCUACUGCACCAGACGCUGGCCAGUUGAUGGGGAUGCUGCUGAAUCUGGUAAAUGCAAGAAAGACUAUCGAGGUUGGGGUUUUCACUGGAUACUCUCUUCUCCUCACUGCUCUUACGCUACCAGAAGAUGGCAAGGUUAUCGCCAUUGACAUGAAUAGAGACUCGUAUGAAAUAGGAUUGCCGGUUAUAAAGAAAGCUGGUGUUGAACACAAAAUUGAUUUCAAAGAGUCUGAAGCUCUUCCAGCCCUCGACGAGCUUUUAAACAAUAAAGUGAAUGAGGGUGGAUUCGACUUCGCAUUUGUGGAUGCAGACAAGCUGAAUUAUUGGAACUAUCAUGAGAGGCUUAUUAGAUUGAUCAAGGUUGGUGGGAUCAUAGUGUAUGAUAACACUCUCUGGGGAGGAUCAGUUGCUGAACCGGACUCGUCCACGCCCGAGUGGAGGAUAGAAGUCAAGAAAGCAACCCUCGAGCUGAACAAGAAACUCUCGGCUGAUCAGCGUGUGCAGAUCUCGCAAGCUGCGCUUGGCGAUGGUAUCACUAUUUGCAGGAGGUUAUAUUGAGCGAGUAUUGUUGUUCUUUGUGAUCUUUAGGGUCAUAUGAUUGUGAGCCCUUUAUAUUGAGCUAUUGUGAUGCAAGAGUGUUAUUGUUCUAUGUGAUAUUUUGGUUCCUGUGUGAAUGUGAACCUUUUCUAUCAAGUUUGUGGAUUUCUUCAAAUUUCAAGAUUAUAACAGACAGUU